AUGAGCCGUGUGCCGCAUCCUUCUGGGGUUGACAUUUUAUUCGACAGCAAAUGGCAUCAGUACAAAAUCGGCAACUGUGCCCUCCGCUCCGUCUCAAAACUUCUCGACAAACACUUUCCAUUUGAUGAGAAGCGAGCUCUUGCGGCGGUGGCUAAGAAGACAGGUCAGACGACAGAGGAGGUGAAGGCCAGUUGGAAUAGGCAGGCGCUUCUGGGGAAAAAUAUCCACGAAUACAUUGAGUGUAAACUGCGCGGCCUUCCACCCCCAACCUGGACACUGUUACUCAAGAAAAAGCGGAGGAAGGAAGAUGUGUUCCGCCAUCAGGACAUCCGAGAAGGCAGCAAAAAGAAGAAAAAGGACAAGAAAAGUGAUGGUGACUCCGAAGGGUCUGAGGGAAGUGAUGGGAAGAAACAUGCAUCGCGAGGAAGCAAAAGCCUUAUUGAUACGCUGUUGCAUGGAGAGGAGGAGGCUUAUAUGGUGGUAGCGGAUCGUGUGGUGGAAACUAUUGAGUGCAAUUAUGAUAUCAUAGCCGUUGAGCAAGUUAUUGCUAGCGUGCCGUGGGGAAUAGCGGGGACGGUAGACCUCAUCGCACGCAACAAGCGGACUGGUAGAUUACUUAUUGGAGAUUGGAAAACAAGCGGCACUGUCGCAAGCAGCUUUCGUUUCAGUCCCUUCGAAACACCGUGCACUGGAUGUCUCCUACAUUUGCCCAAUAGCCGGUUUCAUCGUUACGCCAUGCAAGUUGCCAUCUAUGGUGAGAUCCUGAAGAAUGAUCAGUACUUAGAAAAGGGGUUCUUCGGCAAGAAAAUAGAACCUCUGAACAAAGACAUAGGGGAGAUCAACUUAAGUCCUGCGAUGGUCAACGAAGCCCUGGAGUACGGCAUUGUUCAGAUGCAGAAGAAUGAUGCGGGUAGUGUUUGUGUAGAAUUCAAGGAGGUGAAGGAAUCCACCGUUAUGCCCGUAGAUGCAACUGAUUGCACCUUUUUGCAGCUUCUGCACAGCGUUAUGCGAGGAUGA